AUGGGUGAGAUAUUAGAGGAGCCAGAUUCAUUUGAAGAGUGGAAGUGGGAGUGGAAUAAGGACAUUGAUAACCAAAGAAUAUCAUCUUUUGUUGACGUUGAAGAGGAGGAUGAGAUUGACAACCAAGAAUCGGAAUGGAAACGGGAUCAUGACAUUGAGAAGCUGCAAGGAACAACAUCUUCUGGUGAUGUUGAAGAGAGGGAUGAGAUUGACAACGAAAGUGGAACUGAUAGAGUGAUACUUCAACAAUAUCAUCGUCCCCUUUUGGGUUCAAUUGCAUCCUCCACUAGGAAGCAGUGGAUAACUUAUUUACUAAAGAUGUUGCCAGAACGAUAUGUCGCCUAUGUGGGAUAUUUAAAGCAUCCUUCGACUUGA